CUCGCCUCGCGCCGAUGGCGCCGCUCUGGGCGGUGGCGUCCCUGCUUCCUUUCUCGUCGCCCGCCGCUUCCUCCCUCCGUUCCCUUUCGCUUCCGGGGUCAGCGCUGCCGCGGCCGCUGCUCGGUAACAAGCCCUGUCCCGGGGUCCGGCCGGGAGAGCCGGCAGCCGCGCCCCGCGCAGGCCGCGCCGCCCCGCCGCCCCCAUGGCCAGCAACCCCCAGCCGCAGCCCCCGCCGCCGCCGCCCCCGCCGCCGCCCCCUCAGCAGCCGCCGCCGCUGCCGGGGGCCGGGGCCGCCGCGGGGGCCGGCGCGGCCGAGCCCGAGCUGGUCUCCAUGAUCGUCAGCCACCUCAAGAGCCAGGGGCUCUUCGACCAGUUCCGCCGCGACUGCCUGGCCGACGUGGACACCAAGCCUGCCUACCAGAAUUUGAGACAGCGCGUUGACAACUUUGUUUCCAAUCAUUUGGCAACUCAUACCUGGAGUCCUCAUCUCAACAAGAACCAGCUGAGAAAUAACAUUAGGCAGCAGGUUCUCAAGUCUGGAAUGUUGGAAUCUGGAAUUGACAGAAUUAUUUCUCAGGUUGUGGACCCAAAGAUCAACCACACAUUCAGACCUCAGGUGGAAAAAGCUGUCCAUGAAUUUUUAGCCACAUUGAAUCACAAAGAGGAGGCAGGCCCCAGUACAGCUCCAAGUGAGGAGAAAACAGAUGCUUCUGUUACAGUACAAGGUGUCUCUGCUACAGCUCCUAGUGGCAACGUAGCUAGUGAUGCAAUGUCCAUUUUGGAAACAAUAAGUUCUCUUAACCAAGAAGCAAGUGCUGCCAGGGCUUCAACAGAGAACUCAAAUCCCAAGAACAAUGACAAAGUUGCAAAAAGACUCUCAUCUCAGCAGAGUAUGGAUGGUAGCACUGAUAGAGAGAGAAAUGCGGAGGACUUGCCAGACAGAGAGAAAGCAAUUUGUGAUCUUUCUGGAGAAGGGGCUGAAAACUUUGCAAAGUGUGAAGAUUUAAAUGAGCUUCCCUGCCAAAGUGAAGAAAUAAAAAAUUCAGCAAAGGACACUAAUAAUUUGACUUUUGCAAGUAAAGAUACAAGUAAAGAAAUUCAACAGGAAAGUGAAGAUCAAAAGAGUAAAUUAUUAGAUAAAUGUGACAAGAAACCAGACAGCAGUGAAAAAGGUGAAAGAAGAAAAGAAAAGAAGGAAAAACUUGACAAGAAGUCUGACCAUUCAAAGAAAAGUGAUGAUACUACGAAGUCAAAAGAAGAAAAGCAAGCAAGAGAAUCUGAACCAGUGAAACAGUUAGUUCCAGAAAAAAAUAGCAAUAAACAUAAAACAACUGAAAGCGCUAAAGAAACUAAAGAAGAAAAUACGUCAGUAGAUUCAGAUAUGGAUGCACUCAGUGACAUCACUGUGAGCUCUGUCCAUACCAGUGACCUUUCUUCCUUUGAAGAGGAGAGUGAAGAGGAGACUGUAAUUUCUGACAGUACUGAAGAGGGGGAGAUCACAUCAGAUGAUGAAGAGGAGAAAAACAGUCAGAGUAAGACAAAGCCUCAUGCUAAUGAGCUGAGUGAUGGGAAAGCCAAGCCUGUUCGUCAUGCUUAUGUUCGCAAGCCUUUCUUGUACUCCAAAUACUUCAGUGAUUCUGAUGAUGAACGAACUGUAGAACAACGCCGUCAGUCCAUUGCCAAAGAAAAAGAAGAGAGACUCCUAAGAAGACAAAUUAACAGAGAGAGACUUGAAGAAAAACGUAAACAGAAGGCUGCAGAAAAAACAAAAUCCCUAAAAACUGGAAAUCAAAAUGCCAAAGGAAAAAGUGGCUUGAACUUAGAAGAACCUUCAUCAAGAAGUCUUGAGUCAAAAGCUACUGGUACCAGCAUUAAGGAUGUGCUUAAAGAACAGAAAUUUUUAGAAAAAAAAGUAGCCUUGAGCAGAAAAAGAAAAAGAGAUUCAAGGCAUGCUGAAGAUGGCUGCAAGAAGAAAUAUGAGCCAUCUGAAGAAGAUUCUAAAGAAAUGCAAAAGACAAAUGAGACUUGUGAAAAAAAUUCUUCCAAAGAAUUGAAGCAUAAUCAUGGGAAAAGUGAAAUCUCUAAACAGCUUAGAAGACUUUCAGAAUCGGUGCAUUCAACUGAGGAAGGCAAAAGUGAUUCUAAAGUAGAAAAAGAACAUAAAAGAAAAACCUCCAGCUCUCUUCAGGCUGAAGGAGCCCAGCAGGACAGUGAAACAAGGGAUUCAAAAAGACAACUAGAUAGAGCAGAAGUCAAUACUGAAGAACUACAGAAGCAGAAAUCCAUAUUUAAAAAUGAAAAACACCCCAAAAAAGAUAGUGACACAGAAAUUCAACAUAUGAGAAAUGCUGCCAAAAAAGAAGCUAAGUCUUACAGAGAUAAAAAUGAAAAGGAAAGAACUGCUUUAGAAGAUAAACUUUCUUUAAAGCACAAAUAUAAAGGAGAUGGUGUUCACAAAUCAAGUGAAGAUGUUGAACUCCAUUCAUCUGAGAGAAGUUUGAAAGGAGAGGAUGGUGGUCAGAAACAUACUCAACAAAUAAAGGUUUCCUCAGAUGACAAAUCUGAAAGAAAAAGUAAACACAGAAGUGAACGGAAAAUAUCGGUAACAGGAAAAGAUGGAAAAAAUAUUUCUGAAUCAACCUUAAAAGCUGAAGAACUGCUGCGUAAGGAAAAUAAAAAAGACAGACAUCUCUCAACAGAAAAAUCAAGAGCAGAAUACAAGUCCAAAAGGUCCCUGAGUGAUUCUAGGCCACAGAAGGAUUCCCUAAGUGCCUCAAAGCAACUUGCUUCUGCAUCACACAGAAGGAGCGAAAGCUACUCUGAAGAUAAACAUGAAAUAGAAUCAACUAACUCUGAUUGUAAUUUGAAACAAGAAGAUGGUGUUCAUAAAGAUAGACGAAGAUCUAAGAGCCUUGUAGAAGACAAGAUUUUGUUAAAGUCUAAGUCAAAGAGUCAUAGUAAACAAUUCAAAGCAUCUGAAACAGAAUUACAGGAGAAUUUAACAAAACAAGAGACUGGUCAGAAACUAGACAAAGAUAAGAGCGUGGAAGAGAAUGAUUCAGAUAAGCAACACAAAUCCAAGAAUGAAGACAAAGUUUUUGAGGAGAGUGGUGUUGAGUUUGAGCUUGUAAGUGGCACACAAUCAACUCAGGGAUCACAAAAAGACUUUAGUCACAGGGUUAAGUUACAUUCUGGAGAAAGGGGAUCUGUAAAAGAGAAAUCUAGAGGUGAUAAAGAUUUAAGCAAUUCCAAACUAGAAAGAAGGUUCUCUGUUGAAGGUCACAAAAGCAGAAAUUUAAAGCACAGCAACAAGGAAAUAAAGAAGAAGGAAGAGAGUAUCAAGUUGGAAGAUAAAGAUACUAAAGAAAUGGAUAGUGGGCAUGAAAAAGUAUUGAGCAUCACAGUGGCAAUGGAUAAAAAACAAAGUAAGAAGAUAUCCUGUGAAAAUAGAAAAGGCAGUAUAUCAAACCAAGAUUUACUUGGAGAGGAAAAGCAAUCAGCUAGCACAACUGAAAGCAGCCAUGCUCCAGCCCCUCAAAAGUCAAGUAUGAAUAAUGAUGACUUGCAUUCUGGUCAUGAGGAAGAGCUGAUGGAACUUGAUUUGAAACAAACAAAAGUACAAGAAGCAUCUAACAUUGAAGGAAAAAACAUUCAAAACUCACUCCAAGCCACAGAUGCCGAGUAUGCAGCAAAAGAAAAACAAUCUCUCUCUAUUUCAAAUAAGGAAUUAAAACACAGCUUGGCAGAUCCUGAAGCUUGUGAAUCGCAGUUUCUGCCUGCAGCUGAAAAAACUGUUAAACAAGAAGAUAUCCCUCAUAAAGAAGUUGGUGCCUUAGACACUUUGUCCAAACAAGCUUCCAUGGAUCAAGGACCCAAUAAACAAGGGGCUUAUAAAAUGAAGGUUGUGUAUGAAACAAGUGGUAGAAUCUUACUGAAUGUUCCCAGUAAGGAUCAAGCUUCAGAAGAUAGCAGAAGACCAAAGAAUUUAAAAACUGUGAUAAAUUCUAAUUCAGAUGAUGUUCCUUUAGCAAUUAAUUCUUCCAGAGAAGAUGCUGCUGAUGCAAAGUCCAUGGAUAUGGCUAUCUCGGAUUUUACAGAUUCCUUGGGUAGUGACUGCCACAUUUUGAAGAAUGAUGCAGCACAGGUUGUAUACAUGGAACAGCAAGAUAGUGCAGUCCUGAGUUCUGUCAUGAAAGAUGAUGGUGACAACACCACUAUGACAGACAGUAUAGAAAAAGAUAAUGAGGUGCCCCAGCCUGAUGAACAGACAAUGGAAGACAGUACAGCUGGGUUACCUAGUCAAGAAGAUUAUGAUGAAGCAGCAAAGUUAGAAAGCACUCGGGGAAGUGAGCUGAAAAUAAAAGAGGAAAACUUGAUGACUGACAUAACACAAGAUUGUGGAGAUGUAAGAACAAAAGAACUCCUAAAAAGAAAAGAGAGAGAGUGCUUGAAUACAUAUCCUUCCACAAAGGGAGAAAGAAGCACAAUGAUGGAUAGUGUGGAAAAGAACGAGGUGCAUGAUACUGAUGAUAUGAUACAAUCUUCCUCUGUGUUAGUGCCUGAAAGAGUUCCUGAGGAAACAGCCAAAGGCUCUGUUAUAGCCAGUGGGCAAGAAGGGAAUAGUGUGAUUGGCAUGGAAGAUAAAAUCGAAAGCAAUGCAGUAGGUACUAGUGCAGGAAGUAGUAAACUUAGUUUGUACAGCAGCCUACAAACAACUCCGGCCACUGUGAUAGGAACUAGCACGGAAAAGAUCAUUGAGAGCACUGUAAUGGCCACUAGUACAGGAGAAGAAAAUGCUGAGGGUACAUCACAUUCUGAAAAGGACAGUGAUGCUACAACCACUUGCUCAGAAGAAGAAAGUGAGGUGACGGUAAUCUGCACAAGCAUAGAAGCUGAUGAAGGUUUCACAACAGGCAUAUGGGUAAAAAGUAGUGAGGGUGGCAGUUUCGUCACAGGAGCAGAUAUUGGUGAGUGUACUGUUGCAGCAGCUGAAGAAGGUGGUGGCAGUGUUGUCACUGAAGGAUUAGCAGAAAGUGAAAGUUUCCUAACAAGUACAGAAGGAGAAGAAAAUGGUGAUUGUACCAUGGUUGAUGCAGAAGAAAGUGGUAAGGAUUCAGUCAAUGCAAGUGGAGUAGAAAUUGAAGACAGCGUGAAUAGUGCUGGAGCAGAAGAAAAAGAUGAUGCUGUGACUAGUGCAGGCUCUGAAGAAAAGCGAAAGACCUCAACUUGUGUAGAUACAGGCAAAUUUGAAAGUUCUGUAUCCUGCUUAGGUGAAGUGGAGAGCGAUGGAGCUGUAACUAGUGCAGGGACAGAAACAGGUGAAGGGUCGACAAGCGGUGACAGUUCAGGUGAAUUUAGGGGCGGUGUGAGAGCUGGCCAAGUAAAAGAACACGAAGGUACUGUGACUUGCACAGGUGCAGAAGAAAGAGGUCAUAACUUCAUCAUCUGCUCAGUGACUGGUACAGAUGCCCACGGAGAAAGCACUGUAACUGGUGCGUGUAUUGCAAUGGCCACAAACAACAGUGCCACAACUGGAACUAGUGGUGACAAAUCUGAGGAUACUGUAAAUGGUGAAAGCGCAGUGACCAGCACAGGCAUAACUCCAGAAGAUGAUGCUGAAAUUUCAGUAGUCUGCACAGGGCUAGAAGACAGCAACGAGGGGUUUGCAGUUUGUUUAGAAGCUGAAAAAUGUGAAAGUUUAAUGGACAGUACAAGGGCAAAAGAAGAAGCCAAUAUCACUACGGUCAGUGUAGGUCCAUGUGAUGAUGAAGGUUUUGUGACUAGUACAGGCUCCAAAGAGGAGGAUGAAGAAGGUGAGGGCAUUGUGACCAGUACAGGAAGAGGAAAUGAAGAAAAUGAGCAUGCUUCUACUUGUACAGGAAUGGAAAGUGAAAAUGCACUAAUUUGUAUAGGUACAGAAGAAGGUGAAAGUUCCAUUAUCUGCAUAGUUGCUGAACAAAUGGAAGCUGAGUCAGGAGUGGCUGGCACAAAUAUAAAUAAGCUUACUGUUGACAGCAUGACGAGUGCAGAGAAAGAAGCUAAUUGUGGCACAAACUGCAAAAAUGACAAAGGGAUUGUUGAAAGCAGUGUAACCAGUGCAAGCGCUGCAGAUGAGGGUGCCUUGACUGCGCAUAUAGGAACACAUGAAGGUACCUUGAUUCCCUUAGAUGCUGAGGAAUGUGAGGGUCCCAUGACUAGUGCUAUGGCAGUGCAAGAGAAGAGUCCGUCUGGUGCUGAAGAUGAACAUGAGAAUGCCAUGACUUCCUUUGACAGCAGAGAACUUGAUGCGUCUAUAAGUAGUGCAGUUCCAAAGGAAGAUGAGAGUUCUCUUAUUCCUGCUGACAGAGAAGAAAAAGUAAAAGGUGAUAUCAUCUCUACCAGUACAGUGGAAGAAAGUGAUGCUCCCUUACAUUCAGCCAUGGAUGCUGAGGAAGGUCCACUUGCUGUUGCAAGAGCAAAUGAAAGUGGGGAAAGCUCUAUGAUCUUAACAGACACUGAAGACACGGAGGUGCCUAUGCCCAGUACAGCUACAGAGUUUAAAGAGUGUGUGCAUACUUUUAGCAGUAAGCAGGAGAAAGAUGAGUGCACUAUGAUUUCCACCAGUAUUGUGGAAGAAUUUGAGGCUCCUAUGUCAAGUGCAGCUAUUGAAUAUGAUGGUCAGCUCCCCUCUGUGAAAACAGAAGAAAUAAAUGAGAAUGCUAUGGUUUCUAUAGAUAUGGGAAUAUAUGAGGUUCCCAUGCCUAGUGAAUCCAGUGCAGGAGGAGAUGAUGAUGAUGGAAGUCACCCAACUGCUAGCAAUAAGGAAGAAAAAGAUGAGUGUGCUAUGAUUUCCACAAGUGUUGUGGAAGAACAAGUAAUCCUAAUGUCUGGUGACGUCACAGAAGAGGCGAUUCAACAUAUAUCAGACACGGAGUCAAAAAAUGAGACGGUAAUGAUCUCUACAAGUACAGCAGAAUGUUUUGAAGCUCCUGUAUCUAGUGUAGCUAUGCAAGACGAAAACAAACUCACUGCUUCAGAAACAGAAGGAAGAUAUGAAGCUGCUGUGAUCACUACAAGCAUGACAGAAGAAUGUGAGAUAGUCCUGAUCAGUGCAGCACCACAAGCUGAAAGUCAGCUCAUUGUAGCAGAAGGAGAUGAAGAUGCCAUUAUCUCUCCAAAUGCAUCAGAGGAAUGUAAGAUUGUGGAGACCACUGCAACUGUAGAUGAACAGUUUGGACUAGCUGCUUUCAAUGCAGAUGCAAAAAGCAAAGGUUCUGUGAUUUUUGUGGGAGAAUGUGGAGCUCCUGUGCUGAGGGUUGCCACCAAUGCUGAAGAUCAACACGCUGCUUCAAGUAUAGGAGAUAAGGAGGAGGGGGCAGUGAUCACUCUGAGCACAAUGGAAGAAUGUGAUAGUCUCUUCACCUUUACUGUCAUAGAUGAAAGUCAACUUGCUGCUGAAAGUACAGAAGUAAAAGACAAAAGUGAGGAAAUCUUUAAUACUGCUAACCAGAUUGAAUGCAUCCUAUCGACUACAGACCCAGAAAAAAGCAGUAAUCCUUUGCUUCUCAUUGGUAGAGAGAACGAGACCCAUGAGAGUGGUGUGAGGGGAGAAUCAGCAGCAUCUCAGACCACAGUAGACAGUGAAAUUACAGAAACAGAUGAAAAUUCAGUGAACCUCAUGAGUGUAGAUGAAGCCCUUUGCGUGGAGAUCAGUACAGAGACUGCUGUGAGUCCAAGUCCUUCCUCAGAGGCAAGUGAGGAUGAUGAGCAAGCUGAAGAUGUUUUGCAUGAGGAUGUUACUUCAGAACUCUCUUGCAUGAUUUCAGAAGCAGCGAUAGAGAGUGAGACUCUAAGGAACGUGAACUAUAAAUUUAACUCAAACUUGCUUUUAGAAAGUGACUUUUCUGAAAUAAGGACUCCCCUGCCUAGGGCACAGGCUCUUUCCUUAGCUUCUGCAAAUGAAGUGACUGUAAAUACCAACCAUGGUGAAGUGACAAUAGAAGCAGAAUUAGGGGAAAAAAGUGACUUCUCUUUGUUGCAUGUAGAGGAGCUAUAUGGCAGUGAUGACAAAACGAACUCAGUCAAAAUAGAUGAUAUUGGAAUUGAAGUUACUUUUCAAAAAAGUAACGCAACCUUUAAUUCAGGCAAUAAUGCAGCUUUACCAAAGUUGGCAGAAGAACUGGAAUUUGAAAGUAACUUGAGAACUGACAAGCCACAACAGCCUGAAAGUCCAAGAAGUGAAGAGGGAUAUGUGGAUCUUCAUACUAAAGAGUUUCAAAAAGAUUUGCUGCAGAGGAAUAUUGCUUUGGAAAGAGAAACUUUUCAUGUGGAAAACUUGGAUACCCAGAUAACUGAAGAACAUAGAUCUAGAGGAAUACAGUGUAAAUCUUCAGGAGCAAUGGAUAAAGAAAAAUGCAACCAGCUGAUUGCUCAGGAUGUGAGGAAAGAUAAUGAACAAAGUCAAUGUUCCAAAACAAAACCUGAUAACAUCAAGGAAGUUAUUUCAGGUGAUACAGCAGAAGUGUCCAAAGAAAUUGAUGUAAAGCAUACACCUCCUAAAAGUACUAUGGAAGAAAAAGAUGAAUUUACCAUAGAACAGGAAAUGUCUGAAAAGGAAAAGCACGGUCUAGAAUCAAAUGAAAAUUCUCCAGAGGAAAAUCAGCCUGUGAUAGUGAAACGGAAAAGGGGAAGGCCUCGUAAAUACCCUCUUGAAGCUGUACAGCCUGGUGGUGGGGAGUCAAAAGCUGAUAUGAGCACUGGGAAUCUGCAGUUUCCUAUCUUUGCGAGUAGAGGAAAAACACCUCAAACAGGUACAGACAUACCUAAUAAGAAAGAAACAACAAAUGAAGAUGAAGCUGAGAAAGCAGAAAUAAUUGUGCGUAAAAGGGGAAGAAAGCCCAGGCGUUCUCUGGUUCAAUCAGAGGAAACUGAAACACUGGAGCCAGAAAGAAAACGUCGGAAAUUAACGUCUUCUGAAGACGAACUAAAAGAGCAGGAGGAUGGUGAGGAAGAAGAUGGUGAGGAAGAUGAUGAAGCACAUUCCGGGGCCACAACUAGAUCAGCCACAAGAUUAGAGGCUCAAAGAAAGCAGCCCAGCAAGCCAACCACACGUGCAACUUCUAAAGGCAGCAGUCCAAGUUCAGUUUCUCCUAGAAAACGACAGAACCUAGCAGCAAAAAAAAGAUCUCCAAGUGAUACAAAAAUUAAUAAAUCUCCUCCAUUGACACAGUUAAAGGUGCCGUCUACCAAGCGUAAAAGGGAAGACAGCCCAACAGUGGUACGGAAAAAAGGCCAGCAGAAAACAGAGGAGACACCAGUCAAGAAAGCAAAACGAUAAUCUUUACCAGCUAGUGCGGUUCAUGGAAGAGUCAAAAGAAAAAAAAACAUCUGUGCUUCUAUUUUUUUUUUUUUUUAAAGCAAAGGGAUUUGCACGUGCUUGUUUCAGAGCUCUGAGUUAAUCAAUGCAGUACUUUUAAGUUACAUUUUAAACAGCUUUAUAAACUAUUGUUUAUACAGAAUAUUAUGUACAUUUAUUUCAGAUGAAAAAUAAGUUUACUUUGUAUCUGAAUGAAAAACAAAGUAGUUAUAUAUUUUAUCACUGACUUGGAAAGUUGGGGUUUCCCAAUGCGACAUGCUAAUGCAGAUGCUUCCAACCCAUGAGGCACCCCUGGGCCUACUAAUACACUUUGUAUAUAAACUUGUAAAAAUAGGUUGUAUUUUACUCUGUGUAUGAAUCUAAUCAAUGAUGGACACUUUAUUUAUUAUAUGGAAAGCAUUGGUCUGUAAACUUUAGUAUAUACCUUAGGUUUUUUUAAUUAUAUAUUUUACAUUCUAUGCAGAUGUCAGUAGGAAACUUCCCCUCCGCUCCCCCAGGGCUGUCUAAAACCUGAAGUUCUCUCAAAUAUGCUCAGACAGUUGGUAAAGUAUUUUUCUCGCAUGCAUUAAAGUAGUUUAGCAUAGUGAAAGGGACUUGGCUCCUUUCUGGUCACAUUUGUGACAAAGUAUAAAAUUUAAAAUGUAAUCUUACUAGAUUAUAUUUUCACUUGUGAAUUUACUACCAACCUCAAGAAAUAAAUAGUAUUAGGUUAGAUUUAUUCACAGUCAGCCAACAACACCUGGAAAUGAGAAGUUUUAUUUUGCAACUAAACACCUGUUCUUUCAGUAUUUGUCUUUUUCAACAGAGGGACCCAUUGAAUCAAAUGUCACUUCUCCUAACUAUAGAGCUUCAGCAUUUUAUGUUACAUUUUAUACACAGGUAUUAAAAAUAGAACCUGGUAUUAUUGCCAGAAUCUUUUUUUAAUGUAUAUUAACUCUGGUAAGAGCAAAUGUUCAAGUGAAGAUGUAUAUAAAGUUAAACUUUUCUUAUGAUCAAAUGUGUCUCUUGUUAUGAUGUGAUGAGUUGCCAAACAAUCUGAGAUUAUUUUAAGUGUUUUGUUGAUAUUCUGGUUUAUAAUUAAAAAGGAUUCGGGGGGGUUGGAAUUUUACUUUUCUUUUUUUCUUUUUUUCUCUUUUUCUUUUGUGAGGUUUUUUUGGACUUGUUGUAAGGCGGAUGUUUCCGUCAGAUAUUCUGCUUGGUUUCUUACUGAGAUUUUUAUAUAAAAAAUUAUAAAAUGUUUGC